AUGUCAGAAACAGAUCAGGAGCUCUCGAAGGUUUUGGUGGCUCAAUUUCUCAAGAAGCAUGGAUACCUUGAUUCGUUAGCAAGCUACCUUAAAGAAUCCGGAGUCUCGUUGAGGGCAGCGAAUGAAAGCAUAUAUGAAGAUUUAGAGAGUAUUGUGAAGGAUAGAAUAAGAUUCAAUGAGCAUGCUAUUGCGGAGCAAAUGAAAACUACUUCACUCAACAGUGAUCUGGAUCUAGUGAACAUAGAGAAGUACGGUAUACCUGCUUGGAACCAUAAACUAAGCUGGGAUGAGGUUAUAGGUUCCUACUCGAAAACCAGAUCACUUAUUAUAAAGACGAGGUUUUUGACUAACGGCGUCAUAGGCAAUUCCACCGUCGGGAAGGAGUUCAUUGUCUCUGGUAUAAAAGAAGAGGACAGUGUCACUAUCAUGCACUCUAUGAAAAAGUCUGGAAUCGUGAAAUACUUCGGGUCUAUAUCGGAUAGUUUGUACUACACUGGGACAAUUGACGGUAAGGUGACAGUUUCGAAAAUAAAUGAAGAGUGUAGUUGGUCAUUUGAUCUACCAGUUAGAGCAUUGCUUGCGUUGGAGUUAAUAAAAUUAGAGAAUGAUAAGAUCUUGUGUUUUUAUUGCACAAUGAAUAAUACACUAAAUGUGCAUCUCUUCGAUUUGAGCACCAGUUCCCUAACAAAAAUUGACGAGUUUAAGCUACUUUCCGCUUGUACCACUUUUCAAUUAGCAAUCUCAAGUGAUGGUUGCCCAAUUAUAUUUUUGACUAGACAAGAUUUCACGCAAGUAAUGAUAUUGAAAUUCCAGAAUGAUAAAAUUAAACAUGUGUCAAACAUUGCAUUGAAUACUGCGCAAUUUAGUACACACUCAUUUAAUAUAUCUGAUAUGGUAAUCCUUUCCUUCGAUUCUACAGAAGGUAAAACAAACCUUGGUGUUAAAAAGAUUACUCCAUCAUCAGUUUUGGCCGUGGCUACAUCUCAUACACCAUAUAUGAGAAUAAUUGUAACUAAAAUUCCUUCUCUAGACACGAAAGGUCCCGAUUCAACCUCACAAUUAAAGACGCAACCUGUUAGUGAAGAGCUCAAUAUUCUAGAUGACUAUUCUAGUAAAGACGCGGUUAUCCCCUCUACGGCUAGGCAGCCCGAUAUUAUUACUCAUUACGACAUGAUUCUAAUAAAUAUUGCUACAGAUAUACCCCAGGAUAGCUAUACUCAACCUAUCCUCAAAGUUUCCUAUCCGCUUGGAGGGUUGAUUGUGGGCGCAGAUGCUGGCCUCUAUGCUGUGGACUUACAAAAAUCUGAGACUUGGCAAUUAACAUACAGAACAGGACAAAGAGUAAAAUCCAUGGAUUGUUAUAAAGAUUUCAUAAGUGUAUCUUUCGCAGACAGAGAGUGGGUAAUUUGGAAGCUAAAAUAG